GGGGGAGGGGCUGCUCGGCCCUUUAAACCAUUCAGGGCAGCUCCGAGGGCCGCAGCCGGGGACGGCGCCACGCGGGGGCCGAGUAGACGCGGCGGCGGCGGGGCGCUCCGGGGAGGCCCGGGCAGCUGAUGGUUUUGGCGAAGUACCUUAAGGUAGCUGGGUCCACCCCCUCUUCCCCACCUACCUCUUGUCCUCCCCCCACACCACCACCACCCUGGCUCCCCUCCCUCAUGACCGCCUGGAUCCUCCUUCCUGUCAGCCUGUCAGCAUUCUCCAUCACUGGCCUAUGGACUGUGUAUGCCAUGGCCGUGAUGAACCACCACGUGUGCCCCGUGGAGAACUGGUCCUACAACGAAUCCUGCUCUCCUGACCCCACUGAGCAAGGGGGCCCCAAGACCUGCUGCACCCUGGACGAUGUCCCCCUCAUCAGCAAGUGCGGCACAUACCCCCCCGAGAGCUGCCUCUUCAGCCUCAUUGGCAACGUGGGUGCUUUCAUGGUGGCCCUGAUCUGCCUCCUGCGCUACGGGCAGCUCCUGGAGCAGAGCCGUCAUUCCUGGGUCAACACCACGACGCUCAUCACAGGCUGCACCAACGCUGCGGGCCUGGUGGUGGUGGGCAACUUCCAGGUGGAUCACGCUAAGUCUCUGCACUACGUCGGAACCGGCGUGGCCUUCACUGCCGGGCUGCUCUUUGUCUGCCUGCACUGUGCCCUCUCCUACCACGGGGCCACUGCCCCCCAGGACCUGGCUGUGGCCUACCUGCGGAUUGUGCUGGCAGCCAUCGCCUUUGUCUCUCUGAUCCUCAGCGGAGUCUUCUUCAUCCACGAGAGCUCUCAGCUGCAGCACGGGGCAGCCCUGUGCGAGUGGGUGUUUGUCAUCGACAUCCUCAUCUUCUACGGCACCUUCAGCUAUGAGUUCGGGGCAGUGUCCUCGGAGACACUGGUGGCCGCACUGCAGCCUGCCCCCGGCCGGGCCUGCAAGUCGUCCGGGAGCAGCAGCACCUCCACACACCUCAACUGUGCCCCUGAGAGCGUCGCCAUGAUCUGAGGUCUGGGGAGGGUGGCCGGCCCGGCCCCCGCAGCUCCCCACCCCGUAUCUCCUUUGCAUUUAUUUUGUACCAAAAAACGAUUUUGAGAAAGUAUUCUGUUGGGACAGAGGCUUCCUCGCUCCUGGAGGAGUGGCCAUCCCACACCCACCUGUGCCAUACAGGAGCGGGCCCUGGCAGCUGCCCAAGCUGCACACAGCCUGCCCCCCACACCGCAGUGUUAUUUUUAUGUUUUAAAGGUCACGUAUCCUCAUUCACCCAGCCAGCCCUUCAGGUGCCUUCUACUCCCCCAGUGCCACUGGGGUUUCCUGCUGCAGGAAUUGGGGGCUGGGAACAGCAAGAGGGACAGCAGUCUGGGGGUGGGGGUGAGCACUCCUUGGUCUGUGGGAAGGCCCACUUCUGGGCCCACUGAGCUGCACUGGGAUUCUUCACUCUGUCCCUUUCUUUAGGGCAAAUAACACAGCAGAACCACGUGGGUAUUUUAGUACUUUUUUAUAUAUAUAUAUCUAUUAAAAGAAUCCUAAUUUGCAUGUUUGUAGUCUGUUCUGGAGAGUCUCGGAGAGGGCCUGAUCCUGGCUUUCCCUAGGCAAAGGAUGGGAGAAAGCCUCUGCCCCCAGGGAGGGUCCUGAGUGCCCGCUGCUCUUUGAGAGCAGGACUGCCAAAAACAAAGGAUGCCAAGUGCUAUCCAAAUACCCCGCAAGGGCUUGAAGCCCUUUCUGGGCCUUUAAACAGUCUAAAGAGCCAACUUGAUCCUUUCACACUUCCUGUCCUGCUCAGAGUCUGGUUUGAAGUUUGAUUCCACACUAAGGGAUAUGAGGAAGGAAGGAUACAGAGAAUAACUUGAAAAUGUUUGUUAGAAGCAAUCUUUGCAGUGAAGCUAAAGAAAGCCCCUGGGAUUCUAAGGUUGACUAAAGAUUGCAGGGGGAGGGCGGGAGAUGGGCUAGUUUUUCUUUACCAUUUUUAAGUAACUACUGGCUGCCAGACCCUGACAUAUUUUGCUUUCCAACCACAGACACAGAGGCCCAAGCCCUGGCUGGUCCCGCUUGGUGGCCAAGUUCUUGACCUGGGCCCUACUGCCCUGAGGCCAGCAGGCUUGGC